AUGGUGAGCAGCGAAAAGUUGGCCGCCGUGCGUGCGCCGGCGCCGAUCCAGCUACCCCACGCACAGCGGUCGUCGUCUGAAAAGUGGAGUUCCAACCAGCAGCUCACGCUCGAAUACGCCAAGCGCCAAAAGAUGUCGAUCGCAUGGAUCGAGCGCAAGCUCGGACGCGACCUCUUUGCCAGCGACGAGGUCCAGCGCGACGACGAGAACGCGCUCUUUGUGCAAUUGCGCUCGGGUGUCGUUCUGCGGGAGCUAAUGGAGGUCUUGGCACCGGCGCACGCCAACAAGAUGCCGAUUGCACGGACGUACUCCAAGCUCCUCGCGCCGUGGAAGGAGCGCGAGAACAUUUCGAUCUUCCUGCACGACUGCCGCAUGUAA